AUGUCUGCUUUAAUUUUAAUUCAAUGUAUUGUAACCUCAUUUCAGAAUCCUAUGUUUGCUAAUAAUCCACAACUUCAAGAACAAAUCCGCACCAUGAUGCCACAAAUGUUGGCACAAUUACAGAAUCCGGAAAUGCAGCAAAUGAUGUCCAAUCCACAAGCAUUAAACGCGUUGUUACAAAUUCAACAAGGCAUGGAACAGCUUCGCACAGCAGCACCAAGUCUCGUUAACAACUUGGGUUUUGGCGCAGCCGCUGCCGCGGCUCAACCGCCCGCUGCACCCCCUACCGCACCGCCCGCUCAGAACAACCAGCAAGCUCGUCAACAACAGAACACUGAACUUUUCACGCAGUUUAUGCAACGAAUGGUGUCAGCAAUGGCUAAUGACCAGAAUAGCUCACAACAGCCCCCAGAACAGCGAUACUCACAACAGUUGGAACAACUAGCUGCCAUGGGAUUUCUAAAUCGGGAAGCCAAUUUGCAAGCGUUGAUUGCAACCUUCGGGGAUGUUAACGCAGCAGUGGAGAGGCUGUUGGCACUGGGGCAGCUCUCCAUGAGCUAA